AUGCCAGGCAAGGACGAUGGCGGCUCCGAUAAGGAGAAGAACCUGGAGCUCUUUUUGAAUGUCGGGUUGGAUGAGCGAACGGCCAAAAACACCAUCGCCAACAACAAAGUCACCGCUAAUCUCACUGCUGUCAUUCACGAGGCCGCAGUUACUGAUGGAUGCAGUCGAACUGUUGGUAAUCUCCUGUAUACGGUUGCCACGAAGCACCCAGCAAAUGCCCUUGUGCAUCGCCCAACGUUGGUGCAAUACAUUGUAUCAUCGAAGAUCAAAACUCCAGCCCAGUUAGAAGCGGCGUUUUCAUUUUUUGCAACUACAGGGCCAGAGAAUUUCAAACUAAGCGAAUUUGAGGAAGCAUGUGGUGUUGGUGUUGAAGUUUCAGAAGAAGAAAUAAAACAAACUGUUAAUGAGGUUUUUGAAGAGAAUAAGACAGCAAUUUUGGAGCAGCGCUACAGAACAAAUGUCGGUGAUUUAUUUGCACAUGUUAGGAAGAGGCAUCCAUGGGCUGAUCCAAAAAUUGUCAAGCAAUUCAUUGAUGCAAAAUUGCGUGAGUUACUUGGUGAAAGGACUGCAGCAGAUGAUGAAAAGGUUCCUAAAAAAAAGAAAGAGAAGCCUGCUAAAGUAGAGGAAAAAUCCAUUGCUGUUUCUACUCCUGAACAGCCAUCUGAAGAAGUUCUUAAUCCAUUUUCGAUAUUCCCUCAACCGGAGGAAAAUACUAAGGUGCAUACUUCAGUUUUCUUUAGUGAUGGAUCUAUUCUGAGAUGUUGUAACACAAAGGGACUGCUUGAGAAACACUUAAGUGUGACCGAAGGGAAAGUUUUGACCCGUUUUCCUCCUGAACCAAAUGGAUAUCUGCAUAUAGGUCAUGCCAAGGCAAUGUUUAUUGACUUUGGCCUGGCAAAAGAGAGAGGUGGAGGCUGCUACCUACGGUUUGAUGAUACAAACCCGGAAGCUGAAAAGAAAGAAUAUAUUGAUCAUAUUCAGGAAAUUGUAAAGUGGAUGGGUUGGAAGCCCUACAAGAUCACUUACACUAGUGAUUACUUUCAAGAUCUGUAUGAUUUAGCAGUGGAGCUCAUACGAAGGGGUCACGCUUAUGUUGAUCAUCAGACACCUGACGAUAUAAAGGAGCACAGGGAGAAAAAAUUGAACAGCCCUUGGAGGGACAGGCCAAUUGCAGAAUCAUUGAAACUUUUUGAGGAUAUGAGACGAGGCCUGAUUGAAGAAGGCAAAGCAACCCUUAGAAUGAAGCAAGACAUGCAGAGCGAUAAUUUUAAUAUGUAUGACCUUAUUGCAUAUCGUAUCAAGUUUACUCCUCAUCCGCAUGCUGGAGACAAGUGGUGUAUCUAUCCAAGUUAUGAUUAUGCUCACUGCAUUGUGGAUUCUCUUGAGAAUAUCACACAUUCGCUGUGCACACUUGAAUUUGAAACACGCCGUGCUUCAUACUACUGGUUGUUGCACGCACUCGGAAUUUAUCAACCAUAUGUAUGGGAAUACUCACGACUGAAUAUCAGUAACACCGUUAUGUCAAAGCGUAAGUUAAAUCGACUGGUGACAGAGAAGUGGGUUGAUGGUUGGGAUGACCCACGUCUUAUGACACUGGCUGGUUUACAACGCAGGGGUGUAACAUCUACUGCAAUAAAUGCUUUUGUUAGAGGAAUUGGAAUCACUAGAAGUGAUUGUAGUAUGAUACAUUUAAGUCGCCUCGAGUAUCACAUAAGAGAGGAACUAAAUAAAACUGCUCCUCGCUCAAUAGCUGUGCUACAUCCCCUCAAGGUGGUUAUUUCUAACCUGGAAGCUAAAACUACAAUGGAUCUAGAAGCAAGGAAAUGGCCUGAUGCUCAGACAGAUGAUGCAUCUGCUUUCUACAAGGUCCCCUUUUCCAAUACUGUUUAUAUUGAGCGGUCUGAUUUUCGGCUUAAAGAUUCAAAAGAUUACUUUGGGCUUGCUCCAGGAAAAUCAGUCCUACUUAGGUAUGCGUUCCCUAUUAAGUGCACAGAUGUCAUAUUAGCUGAUGAUAAGGAAACUGUUCUUGAGAUACGGGCUGAGUAUGAUCCUACAAAGAAGACAAAGCCAAAGGGGGUGCUUCAUUGGGUUGCUGAACCUUCCCCAGGAGUUGAUCCACUCAAAGUGGAAGUCAGAUUGUUUGACAGACUGUUCCUUUCAGAGAAUCCUGCUGAGCUCGAUGAUUGGCUUGCUGAUCUGAACCCACAAUCCAAAGUGGUAAUACCCGAUGCAUAUGCUGUGCCCUCACUUCGGAGUGCUGUUGUUGGGGACACAUUUCAGUUUGAAAGGCUUGGCUAUUUUUCAGUCGAUAAAGAUUCGACUCCUGAAAAACUUGUGUUUAAUCGUACUGUGACACUGCGAGAUAGCUAUCGUAAGGGUGGGAAGUAGGGGGGUUAGUCGUGGAAAUCAGAGUAGAGAGGAAUGUGGGAAGUGGUUUUUGGCAGCAAUAAGUAACGUGUUUUGAAUAUUUGUGGUAUACAGUUGACACCGUUUUGAACCAACCAAUUAUAUUUUGUGUAUAUUGAACCAAUUAUACGACAAAUUCAUGUAUACAGUCAGUCGAGAUGGUUUUCAUGGAA